GGUUCUCUCAAACCCUAACAAAGCUCUUCAAUUUCCAUCAAUGGCGGACACCACCACGAGCCCCGCCACAUACAAUCUCUUCGUCAACCUCUUGGAAGGCAAAACCCUAAACCUAAAAUUCACAACCCCCAAUGUCUCCGCCGCCUCCAUCAAGCACCGCCUCCACGAAAUCACCAAAAUACCCCUCCGCCACCAGCGCCUCCUCACCGGCACCCGCCACCUCGCCGACUCCGACUCCCUAACCCCCGACGCGGCGGCGCAGCUCCCCACGGUCCACCUCCUGCUGAGGCUGGUCGGAGGGAAAGGCGGGUUCGGGUCGCUGCUCCGGGGGGCGGCGACGAAGGCGGGGCAGAAGAAGACGAGCAACUUCGACGCGUGUCGGGAUAUGAGUGGGCGGAGGCUGAGGCAUGUGAACGCGGAGAAUAAGCUGCAGGAGUGGAGGGCGUUGGAGGAGCAGAGGAAGAUGGAGAAGAAAGGGGAGGAGUUUCUGAAGAGCUUGGCGAAGAAGGGGAAGAAGGGGAGUGGGGACGUGGCGGCGGAGAAGUAUGUGAAGAAAUAUAAGGAGGAGUCCGCGAGAUGCGUUUCGGAGGUGGUGGAUGCGGUGAAGGAGGCUAUGAGUGGGAAGAGGAAGGGGAAGGGUUUGGAGCCCAAGUCGAAAAGGGUGAAACUUUGGGACAGUGAUACAGAGGAAGAUGACAGUGAUAAUGAAGAUGAGAAGGAGAAAUCAACUGUAUCAAACAAUGGGAAUAGCUCAGAUUCGAAUAAGGAAGCUGGGGGAGGUAGUUUGGAUUCAGUGACUGGUGGGAAACAAGAGGGUGAGUCCUCAGGUAGAGGCUCAUCUGAGAGUGGCUCUGAGGAAGAGAAAGAGAUGGUUGUUCAUAUUGAUCAAGAAUCUAUUCCUAUUGAGAAGAAUGACAUGGUUGAGGAUGAGAAGAUAGCUACAAGUGCAAGUAUACCUUGUUCAGCUGCUGAUACUGUUCUGGGAGUUGAAGCAAUGCAAGAUGAAAAUAUAGAUUGCAGUGGGAUUGAGAUGCAACCUCAGGAGAUCUCUAAGUCAAGUGACGGGCAAGGAGUGGAAAGUACAUCGAUUGUAUCGGAAGCCAAUGGUUCUUUAGAGUCCAGUCCAGUUGUUCAGGAAGAAACAGUUGCUAAUGGGAACACUGCAGAGAUGGAGAAGCCGCUAAAUUUUGAUGACUUCAAUUCAGCAGCAGAAAUGGAGGUUCUUGGCGCGGAAAGAUUGAAAUUGGAACUGCAAGCUUAUGGGUUAAAAUGUGGUGGUACUCUGCGAGAGCGUGCUGCCAGGCUUUUUAUGCUUAAAUCUACCCCUAUAGAGAAGAUUCCGAAGAAGCUCCUGGCAAAGAAAUGAGUAUGUGAUGCGCUUCAUUUAACCCUUUAUAAGGUUUACUUCAUAGAGCAAGUUUCUCCUGCAAUGUAUGAAUGGUGGCUGAAGUGUGGAACUGUGUAUAUUUGAAUCUAUAAUGUUCCUGGUUGUUGACUAUGUACUACUUUGUGCACCAUGAUCCUUGGUGGAUAAUGUUUGAGCCUUUGACAGUUUGACUGAAGUAAUAAUAUGCAUAUCUUCAUUUUUGUA